AGUUUUUUGCAUCUACGUAAGACUGGGUGCUCCUCUUGCUCCUGUUAACGACGAUUAUUGUAGAUGUGCGCAAGAAGAACUGUCGCAAGAGACAACAAUCAAUGAUAACGGCUCCCUGCUUGUACGUGUAGCUGAACUGAAGAUCUCCAAAGCAAUGGAGCAAGAGUCAGCCCAGAAUGUACUGAACAGUGUUAAUUUUGACGUGUGGGAAGCAGCAGUAUUACCUUUGUUGUCAUUUGCGGAUAUAUUUCAGCUAUGUGGUGUUACGAGACGCGUCCGGGAGCUGCUGCAUAAGGAAAACACAUUCAGGCGUCUAUGUGAGAAUCGCUAUCAGAUUAGUCCUCAUUUGAAGUUGUCUUAUAUCCGAGUUGCCAAGCAUCUCUGCAUCGCCACCAGGGUCUCCAGCAUACAUGAACGCAAUUCUAGGUGUGGCGAUAACAGCGUUGUCGACAGCAAUUUCCCUCAUCAUCAUGACCAGUUGUGCAAACAAAAAUUCAGAGCGAUUUUGCAACUGUCCAGCCUAGCGUUGACGCCGCCUAAAGCCCACACCAUUAUGCGGUACAGCCCUCCGCUACCGAGGCCUUUAAUAAAAACACUUUGGCUACCAUCAAAAGACACUUCUUUCUACCUAUCGAACCUUCCAACUUCAUUGAUUGAGGAAACAUGCAGACUAGAAAAAGGGACGAAGUACAGUUUAGACGACGCGACGAGUUUGUUGUUGAAGAUUUGUGGCUCCCAUGAAGAGUACCAAACAUGUAUUCUGAAAAAACUGGAGCAGGAUAUUCCGGAGACUGAGGCAUACUUGCCCUACGCGAACCGCACUUGCAAACUAGUCGAGCUUGCAAAAUGCUUUGAAAGCGUUGCAAGGAGGGAUCCAACAUUGCUGUCAUCAUUGAAAUGUGAGAAUCUGGUGCCAACACUUCCUCAGCACGUUUCUACUCGGUGGAUCUAUAACCCAUACGACUAUAUAUUAAUCGAGAAUGAUAAGAGUGACCUUCUCAGUGAUGACGUGUUGGCAACUCAUAAUUGGAUCGACUUCACAGUGCGGCUAGCAGAGCGUCACUCAGUACUCAAACUACUGAUCAAGAGAAUCCUCCGUGUUUCGCAGGUGGAGGAUUACUUCGUGGCUGUCAUGGAGUACGACAAGCUCUGGCACAGCCUGUCCCAGUCUAGGCGCCCAAGUCGGGAUGCUCUCUAUCGCGACCUUGGAACCUACCUACUUCACACACUACCAACGUCGCAGUGUAAAAAGGAAUUGACCAAAGUGGAACUGCUGAACGCCAUGGAACGGUGUGGCAAGAUGAUUGUUGGCAGUGCAACCCCGGAAGUGCGUUUGAGCGAGCGUGCAUCUUGCUGUAAUCUGAUGUAGUUGUGGUUGUUGUUAUUUUGCCGUUGUUGGCAAUUUGGCCUAUGACGCAAUGCCACUACAUGUACUUUUUAAUUCUG